AUGUCACAUCCUAAAGAGACCACCGAGGACGAACUCGCUCCAACUGAAACCCAAGGAUACAAGGUCGGUCAAAGCAAGACUGUAGCCGAGCUCGCUGCUCUUGAUCAGGAAGACGAAUCGCUCCAGAGAUGGAAGGCAUCUCUUGGCUUAGGAGCCAAUGCUAAUGCAGGAGGCUCCAAGAGAGUCAUUCUCAAAACCCUCUUCCUUAGCUCUCCGACCCUUCCUACAACCAUCAGCAUCGAUCUCACUCAGCCUGCCGCUGAUCUUGCAAAAUUAAAGGCUAAGCCUUUCGGUAUCACCUUCACCGUCGAGAACGAAAUCGUAUCUGGCUUGAAGUACCUCCAAGUCGUAAAGAGAGCCGGUAUAAAUGUGGACAAGACAGAGGCUAUGCUUGGAUCUUAUGGUCCCCAAGACCCUGCAUACACCAAAGUCUUCGCUUCGGAAGAAUCGCCCUCUGGUAUGCUCGCUCGUUCGGGUAACUAUACUGUGCGCUCAAGAGUAAUCGACGAUGAUAAGCAUGUCUGGCUCGACUUUGAGUGGACCUUUAAACUUGCCAAGGAGUGGUAG